GGGUGGAGCUAAGCAUGAGGAUUCGGCCUGGACUUGUCCCUUUGUUGGGUGUUUGUAUCGGGAAGUAAAUCCGACAUGGUCCAUGAGAAUCUGGCGACCCGUCUGAACGACAGGGAGUAUAAGAACUGGCUGAAGGCUGGACGGUGUCUGGUCAUCCUCAAGGAUGGGCUGCAUCCCUUCAUCGCCCACAACAUGAGAGCUUUCCACGGAGAUCUGCUCAAUCAAAACCCUCUGCUACGGAAACCAUGUCAGACUUCAUGCAGACCCAGAGGGAAUAAGCUUUCCUCACCCUGCCAGGUGUGUUCAGAGUGGCAGACAGAGAUCCUGAGACACCACAGACAGCCGGGUGCCACAGUGAACUGGGACAACUGUUUCCCUCCCAACUGGAGGACUGACCACUGGGAACUGGCCAAGGUCUACAUGCCACGAGGUCAGGGGAAACUGAAGAGUGCACAUCAAUAUGAUGCCUCAGCUCUGCUCAACCUAAUCAACUACUGCGACUGUUUCUGCGACGUGGAUCCAAAAUUUGUGAGAGAGGUCAUCCGUUUUAGGAACGAGUUGAUGCACUCCUGUGAGUUGUGUGUGACGGACGAAUGGAUGAGGCAAUACCAGACCGCAGUGAAAAAUCUUGUGAAGCAGUUGAGCCACAUCCCAGAGAUGGCAACAGUUGGACGACAGAUUGAGGAGAUGCUGACCCUUGAUUUGUCAAUAUGUGUCUCUGGUUUGGACCGAAUUGACUCUGCUGGCCUGGAUGGAUUAGAGUUGGAUUCUGUCAGCCAAUGGGAGACGAGCGCCGACUUAAUCAGCCAAUGGGAGACUGAGCUGCUAAAAGAGAGUCUGCAGGAGUUACUGCAUGGUGCUGAUGAUGAUACAAAGACGCAGGACGCUGAGCAGCUGAAGAGGCUGGGUGGUUUCCUGCAGGCCAACAGAGAUCUGGGCGAGAGGUUUUCUGCAGAGCUUCAAGCCAUCAACUCACUGGAGGCCAGAGACUAAGGAGGAGGAGGAGGUGGUAAAAAAGAGGGGCUUAUUGUGCAUUAUGUCUUUAUAUUUACUAUUUGAUUGAUUCAGGGUUUCAGCUACCAUUACCAAAGGCACCCCAACAAUUCUCCUCUGCUCUCUGUAUCGCGCACGGUGAGGUUGCGCCCCGAUGUGCGUGCACACACACACACAGGUGAGCACAUUUCCACCAGCAGACAGAGAGCGUGUGUCAGGCAUCUCAGAGAUGGCUGUUAGCCUAGCACCUGCUAAUGUGUGCUCACUUUUUUUUCUCUGAUUACCUAAAAUCCAGAUGUUCAGGAGGUUUUUACUAGGGGAAAUUAUCUACAUAGGUCUCCUCAUCCUCGUCCUCCUCGUUUUAUGUUGAAAAAAAAAAAAAAGCGUUUUUCUGAUACUGCUCAUCGCGGAGGGGCUGAUAACACAAAUGGCCCUAUCUGGAGCCUUUGUUUUGGUUUGUCCACUCUGGGCUACUGUAGAAACAUAGUGGUGCAUCAUGACAAGUUGUGCUGUAACAUAGUAAUAAUACUUUGUUACAAUACUGAGGUCUUUUUUGGAAGUAUCUGGCCGCUGCAGGUGUGAAUGUGAGCGUGAAUGGUUGUCUCAGCCCUGUGAUAGUCUGGUGACCUGUCAAGGGUUUAUCCUGCCCCUUGCCCAAUGUCAGCUGGGAUAGGCUUCAACCCCACUGUGACCCUCAAGAGGAUACGUGAAAUGAAUGGAGGAUUGAAUCUGUACUUUACUUGAGUAUUCAUAUUUCUGUCAACUGUCACAAUUUUCUAAAUAAAAUCUUCUCCAGUUUUA